UCCAUGGGCUCGGAGCGGGUGGAGAUGCGUAAGAGACAGAUGCAGGUUCAUCAGGAAGCAGCUUCCAGUGUCCUCCAAGCGCGCCACAGCAUGGGAAACACCCCCACCAACGCCUCAAACGCCUGCUGCUUCUGCUGGUGCUGCUGCUGUAGCUGCUCCUGUUUGACUGUUCGGAGUGAAGACGAAACAAUCCAACAGAGAUCCACUUUUGAGCGCAGAACAGAAGAAAUCACUAAUUGUGAGGAAAGCCCCAAGCCCACUGUGGAAGACGCACGCUCCUGGACAAUUUCAUUUGAAAAGGUGAUGAAAAGUGCAGCCGGGCGCAGCUGCUUCAGGCAGUUCCUGCGGACAGAGUUCAGCGAGGAGAACAUGAUGUUCUGGCUGGCCUGCGAGGAGCUUAAAAAGGAGACAAACAAGACUGUGGUGGAAGAGAAAGUUCGUCAAAUAUACGAGGACUUCAUUUCAAUCCUUUCCCCUAAAGAGGUCAGUUUGGACUCCCGCGUCCGAGACGUGAUCAACCGCAACAUGCUGGAGCCGACCUCGCACACGUUCGACGACGCCCAGCAGCAGAUCUACACGCUGAUGCAGAGAGACUCGUACCCGCGCUACAUUAACUCCACUGCAUACGCGGAUCUGCUCAAGAGCCUGGAGGAGCCCCCGCCACCACCCCCCCCACCUGAGCCAUAA